AUGAUGUGGAGGAUGAUGCGUGCUAGAAAGGUUAUUCUUGUUCUAGAUGAUGUGGAUCGUAUGGACCAGCUUGAGGCGUUGGCUGGAGUAACCAACCUUGCUACUUGCUUAGUUGCUUUCAUUCUUUAUUUUGAUCACCAAAUUAAUGUGAUCGGACCUGCUGCUUGCAUUCUUGCUGCUUACUUUCUUCCUCUCUACCUGCUUGCUAUCUUCGGGAUCACACCAUCACAGCCGGACUGUCAACACCACUGUGAGCCAUUAACUCCACAGCAGAGCCGGAACACACCACAGCCAAGACCACCCUGA